ACAUCAAUAAUUUGCCUUAGCUCUCUUGUGUCGAGGACGCAGCUUUCCUUAUGAACUGUAUAUGGAUUUCGACAAGAGAGUAAUGAUUGUUUGGUUGCAUUUUUAUCAAGAAGUGCUUCACAACUUUGGAACCUACAUCCGGCAGAAGUGGAAGGGAAAGAUUCUUCUCCCUGACGAAUCGACUUUUAUUGAUAGUGUUAGCUUUUCUUUUUACAACCAGGUUCCAGCCUCAAGGUUGGUGUUUGUCGAGUCUCCGAUUGUGCGCAUGAAAGGAAGGAAAAAUGAAGUCGAGAUUGCGGGGAUGAAAGCUGCCAACAAGCGCGACAGCGUAGCUCUCUGCGAAUUUCUGGCCUUCAUGGAAGAGGAGAUUCACGCUGGCAAAGAGUGGGACGAAAUAUCCGCUGCCGAAAAACUCAAGGAAUUCCGCGCUGAGCAGACGCUGUUCCGCGGGAUUAGCUUCGAGACCAUCUCAGCCUUCGGAAGCAACGGUGCCGUCAUCCACUACGCGCCGAGUAACGCCACCAAGCUCCCCAUAGACACCAGCUCCACCUACCUGCUCGACUCCGGAGGUCAGUACCUGGACGGUACCACAGAUGUGACCCGCACCAUGCACUACGGACAGCCGACCGAGUUUCAGAAGGAGGCCUACACCCGCGUCCUGAUGGGAGUUAUUGACCUGGCCACAACAGUGGUCAAUAGAAAGAUCACUGAUACACAGCUGGAGAUUGUGGCUCGCGAGCCGCUGUUCAGAGCUGGGCUGAGCUACCGACACGGCUCCGGACACGGCAUCGGAUCCUACCUCGGCAUUCACGAAGGUCCCAUUAAUAUUUCUUUCAGGAACAAAUUGCCUCAUGUUUUUGAGCUAGGACAGUUCCUGUCUCAUGAGCCUGGGUUCUACAAAGAUGGGAGCUUUGGCAUUCGUCUAGAAAAUAUAGUGUUGGUAAAGAACGCCGAAACUAAGCACAAUUUUGACGGGCCUUACAUGACAUUCGAGCCGGUCACCCUGGUGCCGUUUGAGCGCGAUCUCAUUGAGCCAGAUUUGAUGACCGUGGACCAGGUGCAGUGGCUGAAUGAGUACCACCAGCUGGUAGAGCAAGAGAUGGGCGCCGUCCUGCGACAGGGGAAUCGGCAGAGGGCUCUGCGCUGGCUCACAGCCCGCAUCGCUCCGAUAAAGCCGGCGAAUAUGACGCCAUCUGCCUGACUCGGGAAAAUGACUUUCAGCUAGCAGCACUGCCGCUGCUAAUUACCUGGAGUCUCAGCUGAUAAUAAUACUCUGCGUUCUGCUGUUUAUUUUGAGGCUUGUGUUUUAUUGUGUCGCCUCAACUUCAUAUUUGUAGAACGCCAUUUGUUGCUAACGAUGAAUUCUUUUGUUUGUGAACUCGGUCAUUUUAUGAACUAAGGGGUUAACAUUUAUUCGAGGCUGUGUCUUUUAAUUUUGAUUCGAAUCAUCCCUAACCUUUCACAUCCGUCCGUCGUUUCCAUCCUCAGGACUUUCAAAUCCUCCUUCUCCACGCCGCAGCCCUCGGUCUGGGCUGGAUAGGCAACUUUAUCUCAUGCGGGCUGCUCCCUUGGAGCGGCUCCGCUGCUCCCAAGGGAGCACACCCCUAGCCGGGUGCAGUAAGUACUUGGGGACUUGGGGGUGGGGGGGGGGGGCUGGUCGGCCUGUCCUUUGGGACGGACUCAGCCCCGGUGACUUACUAGGAUGCCUGCCCAGGCCAAUGUCUCCUCCCUCUUAAUUCCUAUCAUCCUUCCGGCUCUGAAAUGGUCUUGCCAGACCGAAAGGGCCUAACCCAACGAAAAAAAACCUUACCUUUAGCUCUUUGUGAUAUUUACUUUACUUUGUUUAUCCAACUGUACUGGCGAGCAGUGUGUUUUUACGAACUCAAUCAUCUUAGUAUAGAAUAUGCCUGUAAGUUUUAUGAAAUAACGUUUUCUGUAAUAUACUGUUACUACGAAAUGCGAAGUCUUUAGAUGUGGACGCAUUCUCAACAUCGAUCGCUCAUCGAACUUUCCAAAGCAUGAUUUAGCCUUGAGCAACGAUGAGUAGGGUUCACUCAGUUACUACGCGAAUAUCGAUAUAAUUUUCAGUGUGUAUUGGUCCCAAGUC